AUGUCUGACGCUGGAAGAAAGGAUUUCACCACCAAGGCCAAGGAGGCUCUUACUCCCGAAUCUCAAAAGUCUACUUACGACAAGACUAAGGAAACCGUCACUGAUGCUUAUGAUUCAGUUGCCUCUGCCGUCACUCCUAACUCUCAAAAGGGUACCGCUCAGGCUUUUGGCGAUGACUUCAAGUCUUCCUCAAACUCUGCCCGCAGUGACGCUAACAAGGCCUACGCUGAUACCAAGGCUGAUGCCACCAAGAGCUACAACAAUGCAAAGGCUGAUCUUGACAAGGGAGCUGCUAACGCUAAUCACGAAGGCCAGGGCAUCAUUGAGCAAGCCAAGGAGCUUGUUGGCCAGGCUGCUGAGUACCUGACAGGAAGCGGUUCCAGCACUACUGGCACUACUAGCACUACCCAUUAA